AUCUUCCCUUGUUUUUGACAAAGACAACAACAAUAUAAUUAUCUCUGAUAUUUGAUGCUUAGUACCAAUCAGCAGAUAGCAACAAUAUAAUUUUUUUAUCUUUGUGUAAUAUUAUAUUUCCCAUUUUGCUGUCAUAAUAUUAUUUCCAAUCAAUUUGAAGAAAACAGAAAGCAUCAAAGGAAUAGAAGAAAGGGAAGAUUCAUUUCUAAUAAUUCUUUUUGACAUGGAAGCUGAUGUUUCUCUUCUUUUUGCAGUGUUUUCCAAACCCUAAUUUUCAAAAUUCCCAAUUUCUCCUUGCUUGAUUUUCAACCCAAAAUCUAUUCUUUCGUACUUUUCGAAUCAAUUCAUCUGAUGGGUACCUCAAAUCUUCGCUUAUUUUUCUUCUCUCUGCUGAGUUUCUGUGCCAUGGCGGCUGCUAAGGUCGUGCUGAUUGGGAACAACACCACUCUUUCAUUCGAUGAUAUUGAAGCUAAUUUCUCUCCGUCAGUUAAAGGGUCUGGAGAAUAUGGAGCCUUAUUCUUGGCAGAGCCGCUUGAUGCAUGUACACAACUUACAAAUAAAGCUAUACAACUUCCCAAUGAUAGUUCACCUUUUGUUUUGAUGAUUAGAGGAGGGUGUAGCUUUGAGGACAAGGUUAGGGUCGCACAAAAUGCUGGCUACAAAGCUGCAAUUGUCUAUGACAAUGAAGAUGGUGGCAUCCUGGUUGCAAUGGCAGGAAAUUCUGCUGGUAUUAGAAUACAUGCGGUAUUUGUAUCAAAAGCUUCGGGUGAAAUACUAAUGAAAUACACUGGUUUGACUAAUGUGGAAACAUGGCUCAUUCCAACUUUUGAAAACUCAGCAUGGUCUAUCAUGGCGAUUUCAUUUAUUUCCCUGCUAGCUAUGUCUGCAGUGCUGGCCACUUGUUUCUUCGUCCGCAGGCAUCGCAUAAGAAGAGGGCCUCGAGGUUCUUCUCAUGUCCGUGAAUUUCAUGGUAUGAGUAGUCGUCUAGUGAAAGCAAUGCCAAGUUUGAUUUUUACUUCUGCUUUGGAAGAUAACUGCACAUCAAGAACAUGUGCUAUCUGCCUUGAAGACUAUUGCGUUGGAGAGAAACUCAGGAUUCUGCCCUGCUGUCACAAGUUUCAUGCUGCCUGUGUGGAUUCUUGGCUUACUUCGUGGAGAACCUUUUGCCCAGUUUGCAAGCGUGAUGCAAGAACAGGUCUGUCUGAUCCACCACCUUCAGAAUCCACACCUCUGCUGUCAUCAACGCCGUCAUCUGUGACAUCUUCUUUCGUGUCUUCUAUGAGGUCAUCGUUUGCUUCUUCUUCUGCAAUACAAAUUGUUUCACAGUCGCCGUCUGCUUCUCGUAACCACUCUUUAGCUAGUACCCCUUACAUGCAACCAUCUCUAAGGUCCUACCGCCAGUCCCCCUCCCUGAGCGUCAGCCGUAGCUCCGUAGAUCUUAGGAAUGCAUCCCAAAGAUCUCUAGCUUCACACAUGAAUUCACCGCGUUCCAUCGGUUAUCCAUCUUUAUCAUCUCUUAACUCAAGGUACAUGUCUUCACACAUGCCAAGUCCAAGCAAUGGUUCAGUUAGUUUCCUCGCUUCAUCCAGUCACCAGCAACAUCCACUCCGUUAUAGCGAGUCAGCGUCAAGCUUCUCGCCAUUUGCGUCUGCCAACUCCCUUCCGGAUUGUUGAAUUGUUCAGCUUGAUUUAGUCAUAUGAUUGAGAUGUCUAUGUGAUUGAACCCAUGAUUACCGAGUCACUGAACUAAAAAGAGUGGUCAAAUGAUGACCGUCAGCUUAUUUCCAUGUAAACGCCUCGGCAUUCCGUACCUCCGUUCCGUGUCUCCUCUGGCAAAUGACUUCCUUGUUGGCAUCUGGCGUACAUUGUAACAUCUUUGUGAUGUUAGUUUUCUUUACAUGUGAUGAUUAAGGUUCUUACAUUUUUCAGGUUGGUGAGGUUGAGUACAGUACUCACCAGUGUGUUGUUUGUCUUUUGAAUGUUGAUGUUUAUUAUAGCCUUUGAUUUAUCAAAGUAUAGUUAACUGCUGCUAACAAGAGAAAUGUUGGACUGGUAUAGACAGAUUGAAGUCAGAAGAGUUAUUUGUAUUUUGUCUAAUGUAUUAGUCCAAUUGAAUGAUGAGAUUAUGUGAUACUCUUGGAGUUACCUAUACAUUGCAACACUGAGUGUCAAUAAUACAUGUACAAGUUUUUGGUGGGAUUUA